AGGGCGACCGUUUUGCGAAAACACAAGCCCGAGUAAAGAUUUUACAAGCAUUUCAACUUCCGAAAUUGCUCAUUUUUGAGAUAGUUGGUCUGCUUACAGCAAAAUGUUAAARCCAAUUUUGUUGGUUUGUUUUGCUYUUGUUCUUGCUGUGCAAGCUCGUGAAAUAAAGUUGGGAAUCAACGUUCCUUUCACAGGCGUUUGGCCUGGUGGUCCAAACAUGGCGUCUGCCAUCCUUAUUGCAUUGGACACCAUCAAUAAUAAGUCCGACUUACUAAAGCCCCACACCCUCACCUAUACGAUGCGCGACAGUAGAUGCGAGGCCAAAAGUACCAUYGCAAAUUUACUACAYAUGUACGUUGAAGAAGACCCACCAGUAGAUGCUUACAUUGGACCAGGCUGUUCCCAAGGCUGUAUUCCAGGAGGGCAUAUUGCACUUGAAUGGAACCUWCCCAUGGUAGCGUGGGGUUGUUCUGAAUCUUCUCUCAGUGACAAGGUACUCUAUCCAAACUUUGUUCGAACAGUUGGUACGUACAAUCUUAUUGGAGACCUCAUGAAAGCAUUUCUCAGUGUUUAUAAGUGGGAUCGAAUAGCUUUACUCUGUUCUACGGAAAGUCUUUGGUCUGCAAUGUGYAACCGAGUCAAAGUAACKAUGGAAGCUGGAAAUUCGACCUACAAAGUUCCUUACUUUGGAAGCUUUGACGUGACGACAGUUGCAGAUAGCACUCUCCAAGCUAUGUUCACAUCAGCUCGCGAGCUAGCACACGUCUUCGUAUUUGGAGCUUAUGGUGGACCAGUACGGCAGCUAAUGUUAGCAGCYCAUGAUCUUGGAAUGCUCGAUGGUACUUACGUGUUUCUGGGCAUUGAAAACAUAUUCGACUCGUGUACCGCAAACGAUGGAAGAGAUACUGAGGCAUGUAAAGCUUUUGAGGGGUUCAUCAACAUUAACGUGUUUUUACCAAAAGAUACUGCAUACAAUAACUUUGCAAAGGAAGUAUACGAUCGUGCACCUGAGAUGGGAUAUAACAUUGCAUCAGUGGAUAAGGUGAACAUAUACAGCGCAUAUCUUCACGAUUCCAUUUAUCUCUAUGCAAAAGCUCUGAACUCCUCCUUAGAAAAAGGAAUAAACAUCACRAAUGGAACCGCAAUCAUCAAAGAAAUGUUCGGCAGUGGAUUUUAUGGAAAAUCUGGAGACCUGGAGAUCGACGAUAACGGAGACAGAGUCACUUCUUAUCAACUUGAAAUAGGCAAAGGAGGGACAUUUCACACGUUUGCAAUAUUCCAUGGACCAUCGAAAUCCUACCAAUUUCAAAAUACUACCACUAUUGUUUGGCCCGGUGGAAGUGAAACCGCUCCUCUUGGACGUCCACCUUGCGGAUUUGAUAUGGAAUUUUGCCCUCCAAAACCUGAAGAAAAAACUGAGACCUGGCCGUACAUUCUGGCUGGGGUACUUGUUUUUGUAUUUACUGUCGGAGGUCUGGUUGGAUUCCUUGUCUAUCAGAGGAAAAAAGCYUUUGAAGCUGCUCUUUUAGCAGAACAUUGGAGAAUCAAGUACGACGAUAUCAAAUGGCCUAAAUCUGGCAAAGCGUUUGGAAGCAGAAAGAGUAUGAUGAGCGUUGCAAGCGAAGGUGGCUCUGAAGGUGGUGAUGUGAAAGGACAAGUUUUCACUACCCUUGGAAUAUAGGGMAAUUAUGUAGCUGUGAAGCAAAUMUUAAAACCAAGUAUUAACUUGACCCGCGAAGUCUUGGUAGAGUUAAAAGAGAUGAGRGACCUCAGUCAUACUAAUGUCAACCCAUUCAUUGGCGCUUGCGUGGAGGCUCCAAAUAUUUGUAUCCUGCAAGGUUACUGYAACAAAGGAAGCUURCAGGAUGUACUCCAUAAUGAUCAACUUAAACUGGACUGGAUGUUUCAACUGGCUAUUGCGUCCGAUAUUGCGAGGGGAAUGCAGCAUCUCCACAACAGCGCCAUCAAAGUUCACGGAAAUCUGAAGUCUUCCAACGUUGUMAUUGACAACCGAUGGACAUGUAAGGUAACCGACCAUGACCUCGUAGCCUUCAAGGCAGGACAGGCACAAGAUGAGGAAGCCGGAGUAGACGCUAAGUACUAUGACUUUUUGUGGGCUGCACCAGAACACAUCUUCAAUGAUGCAGAYCCAAGAUCACAAGCAGGCGAUGUUUUCAGCUAUGGUAUUAUAUUAUCUGAACUCGUUUGUCGUGGACUACCUUACAGCAUGUAUGAGGACAUCGACCAAAAAAUCGUCGUUGAACGGGUGAAGAAAGGGCAAGACCCGCCUUUCCGUCCUCGCAUUACCGCAGAUUUGGUUGAAAGCYCCGUCUACAUUAAGAUGGCGAAAAACUGCUGGAGCGAAAAUCCUUUAGAUCGACCUAAAUUCUCUGACUGCUUGAAGAAUCUCAGGCAAAUGAACAAAGGAAAAGAUAUCAACAUCAUGGACAACAUGAUUGCAAUGAUGGAGAAGUACACGGAUCAUUUGGAAGAAAUCGUCUCUGAAAGGACCAAAGAACUUCAAGAAGAAAAGAAGAAAACAGACGAGCUUUUAUUCAGGAUGUUACCAAAGAGCGUUGCAGAAGAACUUAAACGUGGACAUCCUGUAACGGCCGAGACGUUUGAAAUGGUGACCAUUUUCUUUAGCGAUAUUGUUGGUUUUACGAAACUUGCAGCAGAUAGCACUCCACUGCAGGUUGUUGAUUUAUUGAACGACUUGUAUACUACUUUUGACGACAUCAUUGACAUGCAUGAUGUUUACAAGGUUGAAACCAUUGGCGACGCCUACAUGGUUGCAUCGGGUCUACCCAACAGAAAUGGAAAUCGCCAUGCUGGUGAAAUUGCAAACUUAUCGUUGGAUUUACUCGCCUCCAUGACCACAUUUAGAGUUCGUCAUUUGCCAGAACGCCAGCUGCAACURCGUAUUGGAAUUCACUCAGGUCCAUGUGUAGCUGGGGUAGUUGGACUUAAAAUGCCACGAUACUGCUUGUUUGGCGAUACAGUUAACUAUGCAUCACGAAUCGAGUCUAGUGGUCUAGCUUUGCGCAUUCAUAUAAGUCCUGAAUGUGGAUCUAUAUUAGAAGAUCUUGGUGGAUACCAUCUCGAGGAACGUGGUGAAGUCAACAUGAAGGGUAAAGGUACCAUCAGUACGUUCUUCUUGAAUGGMCGUGAUGGAUUCACAAAAGCACUACCUGAUCUUGCAUUACAAGCUUCCCUUGAUGAACACACCUUCAAAUAGGCGGUCACUGAGAUUCUAAUAAUAGUUAUAUUUCCUUGACAAGCUGCCAAGAGUUUUUAUAUUAUAAAUCGCAUUGUAUUUUUCUUAAAGAACAUURUACAACCUGUAGCCUUUUUCUCGUCUUGUUUAGAUCGUGAUAAAUGAMUGAGAUGAACAAGACGCACGAUGAAUGGGUGUGGUCAUUCGAAUCUUAUUCUCAUAUCACCCUAUUAAUAAUAUUUAUUCAUAUUUAUGGCUUUUAAUCUUUACAAAUUUCAUGUAUAUUUAAUGAUUUUUUAAUAAACUUUUUUAUCAGUGCAA